GUUUGCGCGGUCCACCGCAACAGGCGUGUGAAGAUCGGCGUGGACUCGGGCGCGGGCGUGACGGUCUGGCCCGAGGAUUUGCGCGACGACUACCCGACGAGGGACACUCCAGAGUCGAGGGCUGGGUUUGAGUACGUCCCUGCCGGCAAGGGCAGCAAAGGCAUCGUCGACCUCGGCGAGCGGACGUGCAGCCUCACCGACGACGACGGCCAGCGCAUGGACAUGAAGGUGCACGUCUGCGACGUCCGCAAGCCCCUGCUGAGCAUGGCUGAGAUGAACGAUCGGGGCCUGGACGUCCACUUCUACGCCGACAGAAGCAAGGGUGCGUUCUGCGAGCACUCGCACUCGGGCUCCCGGGUGAAGAUCGAGCGAGUCAACGACGUUUUCGAGAUCGUGGCCUACGUGGACCCAUGGACCAACGAGAUUCUCCGCCUGCUGACCGCGCUGGCCUGGCACUGCGUGGCAGGCCGCGGCAAGGCCGACCAGCGUCGAGCCUCUGAGACCGACGGCCAGAUCCCAGUGCUGCGCACAGAUUGCGGAUUCCUAGGCGAGAAGUCCGACGUCGAGAAGAUCGAGAGCAAGACAGUGCCUUGCAUCAUCGUCAAGGAUGGCCCGCCUCCCGCGGGCGCGCGCUGGGUGGGCGCCCGCGCCGUCCAGUGCAAGGGCGUCCAGCGCGAGUGCUCGUGCAAGAUCGUGGCCCAGGUCAUCAUCCAUACUGGCCGCGCCAAGUUCAUCUUCAAGUCCGACGGCGAGGGCUCCCUCCUAGCGGUCACGGAGGCCGCGGUCCCGGAGGUGCGCCGCGCGGGCUGUGGGAUCUCUGUGGCACCCGAGGAGAGCCCCGUAGGCGACUCCCAGAAUAACGGGUACAUCGAGCGAGCAAUCUGGGAGGUCCAGAGCCUCGCGAGGGUCCUGGUCCACAGGGCGGUUGAGCUCCACAAGUCGAAGUUCCACGCUGCGCACCCUCUGGUGGUUUGGGCUCUUCGGUAUUCGCUUCAGCUGCUGAAUCGGUUCCAGAGGUCUGGCGACGACGGCAGGGCGGCGUUCGCGAGGCGGAAGGGCAGGCCCUGCCGCCGGCGGGUGCCGGAGUUCUGUGAGCUGGUGAUUUUCUUGACCGUUGCCGACGGCAAACAUCGGCGCGAGCUCGACGAGCGCUUCCACGCGGGCAUGUGUGUAGGGCUCCUCGACCGCGCUGACGAGGUCAUCGUGCUCACGAAGGACGGCGACUUCGAGGCCAACGCGAUCCGGGGGCUCCCACGGCUGGGGCCCCACAAGACGGGCGACGACGACGCAGAGAGGAUCGUCCCCUACCUGGCAGCUGCGCCGGUGGUUCCGGCGGAGGAGCUGCCGCCGCCGCUGGCGGGCAAGUCGCUAGCGGGGCCGAGGCGCGUCUACAUCCGCCGGGGGGUCGAGGUCAGGCCGGUGGCGGAGGGCGGCUUCGGGUGCACCGACGGCCGCGGGGGCUGCGUGGCGGCUCGAGAAGGCAAGCCGGCAAUGGCGCACUCCGAGGUUUGGCAGGGUUCGGGUCGAGCAGGCGAUGGCGGGCAACACCGACGCCGCCCAGCGCCUGGCAUGAGCGAAGAGGCGGAGGGGGUACGAGACGCCAUCUCGCGCCUGGCCUGGCGGUCCGCGCCGGGCACUCCAGCGCCUAUGCAGGUAGAGGCUGCCGGAUCGGCGGCGGCUGCAGCGGCUCCUGCCGCGGAGGCUGACGCGAUGUCCGAGGGCCCGAACCUUGGCCCGCCGGGCGACGUGGCCACCGAGCCCACGAUGCUGGCCACCGAGGCCACCAACGCCGACUUGGUCAAGCUCGGCUGCAAUCCGAUCGAGUUGUCCCAGCUCGAGUCCGACCUGGCGAAGGUCCCUGAGGUUUCCGGGCGCGGAAGGUUCCUUGAGCGCGCGAGGGAGUUCGGCCUCUUGCCGGGCUUCGCGCUCGACCCCGGGGCGGGGUGGGGCCUGAACGUUCCAGUUCAACGAGAUGAGGCGAUGCGGCUCCUAGAUCGAGGGCGGCCGCUACUGCUCAUCGGCUCUCCGCGCUGCACAGCGUGGACGUCGCUCCUGGACUUCGGAUCGGUGAAGGAGGAGACGAUCGAGGGCCUCAUGGCGGAGGCGAUCGAGCACGUGGCCAUGUGCGUCACGAUGUACAACAAGCAGCUGGACGAGGCUCCGCACUCGGCGAGGUCAGGGCACGCCAGCGGCAUCCAGGACCUCAUCGUCAGGAAGGUCGUCUUCCACGUGGCCAAUGACCAGUGCGAGGCCGGACAAACAGUUCCGGUCAAGCAACCCGACGGCAGCAUGAAGGACGCGAUCGUCCAGGGGCGCACUGGCUGGCUCACCUACUCUUUGUGCAUCGCGAAGGAGCUCGCUCAUUUCCAGAGCAGGAAUCGGCACGGCGGCUACCGCGAGCACUACCACUUGCUCGACGGGGAGGCCAAGCACAAGGCCAACUACCCGCCGGCUCUCGUGGCGGCCAUCCUGCGUGGCUUCGAGGCGCAGGUCGAGCUGGACAAGAUGGCGAGCGGCAUGGGCAUCUCCGUGGGCAGCCUGGGCGAGGGCUACAACGUGGACGCCGAGACCCGCGAGAUGCUGCGCAUUCCCGAGUACGUGAACAUCUGUGAUGACGUGACUGGCGUACAGCUGCCCCCUGGGAAGGUGGCCGACGCGCGCGAGGCGGAGGUCGAGUUUCUCCAUGGGAUCCUUGUCUACAAGCAUGUGGGCGCCUCCGAGGCGGACGGCCGCGAGAUCAUCGGUGCCAGGUCGCGGGUGUGCGCGAAGGAGGUCAAGUGGGGGAACCCGUGGCUCGAGGGCACUUUUGCUGGCACUCCGCCGUGGGGAGGCACCAAGAUGGUGCUGAGCAAGGCCAUGGCGAAGGCCAAGAACCCCAACGGUUGCUUCAAGAAGAAGAAGAAGCUGGCCCUGGCCGGCUACGGGGUAGGCGUCUCCUGCCCCUGCGCCUUCACCAACUCCGACGGAUCUUCGUCAGGUGUGGUGCGUGGCGAUGACUUUGUCUUCGAGGGUGAGGAGUGGCAGCUCGACGCGAUGGGGGCCGAGCUGCGGAAGCACAUGCUGGCGCAGAGGAAGGCGCUCCUCGGUCCAGACCCCUCGGACGACGCGCGCGCGACGAUCCUGAAUCGGCUCAUGUCCUACGUCGGCGGCGACAUCGCCGCCGGGAGCAGGAUCGCCAUGGAGCCUGACCCUCGCCACGCACGGGUACUCGUUCAUGAACUCGGCUUGGGCGGUGCUGGCUCCAGGGCGGCGACGGCGCCGACGGAGAAGGGCGCGUCCUACUGCGAUGAGACUCCGCUGCAGGGCGACGAGGAGACGAAGGCAUACAGGUCUUUGUGUAUGCGGCUCGGCUUCCUCGCCCAGGACGCGCCCCGCCGGUGGUGCGUGGCCAGCGAGUUUUGCAAUCGCAUGGCCGGGCCCGCUACUGGCGGACUGGCCCGGCUCAAGAGGGUCCUUCGUUUCCUGAGGGGAGAGCCCCGAUGUGCGCAGAACUUCGUUGAGCGGCGCCACGAGUGCAAGCGCGUAGACCUCUACUGCGACUCCGACUGGGCUGGCGACCCGAUAGACCGCAAGAGUGUGAGUUCCGUUCUCGUGUUCUUUGGCUCUCACCUCUUGAAGAGCACGGUGGGCGCCCAGGGCGCGACUGCCCUGUCCCGCGGCGAGGCGGGGUUCACGGCCGCGGUGGAGGGCGCCUCAGUUGCCCUAGGGGUGCGCUCUCUUGGCGCAGACCUCGGAAUGAUGCUGCACCCUGUGAUGCGCGCGGACAGCGGCGCCGCGAAGGGCAUCGUCGGCAGGCGCGGCGUCGGGCGCAUCAGGCACCUGCACACUCCUUUGCUCUGGGUGCUGGAGAAGCGGAUCUCGGGACCAAGGGACUCGCGCGUGGACGUCGAGAAGCGCUUGAAGAUUAGCGGCUUCGCCUUCGAGUCCGGCGAGCACCCGGGGGCUCUGGCGGCGCAGAUCCCGGUGCCCGGUCAGAUUGGUGGCUUGAGCGGCUGCGACCGUGACCGG